AUGGACGGCCGCGUCAACGGCGUCAUCGACGUGUCGCGCGCCUUUGGCGACCACCACCUGAAGGCGCGCACCAAUGAGAAGACCGGCGCCGAGCUCUCGGAGAAGGAGACGCUGGUGGUCGCCUGGCCGCACCUCACCGUGGAGCCGGCCAACGCAAAGAAGGACGCCUUCCUCGUGCUGAUGUGCGACGGCAUCUGGAACGCCAUGGACAACCAGGCGGUGGUGGCCUUUGUGCAGCGCGGCCUGGACGCCAAGUGGCCACUGGCGAAGAUUGCCCGUCGGAUGAUUGACAAGAUUCGCCCGGAGAAGAUGCCGCCGACGGGCAUUGUCGGCAAGGACAAUAUGACCGUUGUGAUCAUCAAACCAGAGUCGACCGGCUCCAGCAAGAGCCUUCACACGCCGGAAAGCGUCAAGAGCAAGGACAGCAGCUCACUGAAGGCCAAAGGGGCGGCCAAGUCGGCGGUGAGCACCACGGAGUCGAAGGGCGCUCUGAAGGGCAGUUCCAGUGGAGGUGCUGGUGGUGGUGGCACCUCCCGAAAGAGUCCCAGUGGCACGAACAAGGGCGGCGGUGGCGGAGGCUCAGGAAAGUCAAAGUCGAUCAAGUCGAAUGACACUGGCGGAAAGAAGUGA